AUGGAUAACAUCUCCUCUCCCCACUUUCUCACUGUCACGGCUCUGAAUGAGUGGGACUGGACCAGCAGGAUCAUAUUUUUUUCAUUUGCUCUUUCAGGUUACCUUCUGACUAUUGUUCUUAAUGCUGCCUUGAUUAUGAUUAUUGCUUUUGAGAAAGCCCUGCAUGAGCCCAUGUAUAUUUUCUUGUGUAAUCUGUGUGUUAAUGAUCUGUGUGGAUCUACAGGGUUUUAUCCCAGGGCUUUGGUAUAUUUACUCACAGAAACAAACAGGAUUUCAUUUGAGGAAUGUAUUGUACAAAGUAUUGUCAUCAUUGUUUAUGGUGCUGGUGAAUUCUCAAAUUUAAGUGUCAUGGCUGUUGAUAGGUACAUAGCGAUCUGUCAACCUUUACGUUAUCACAGCAUUAUGUCACCUUUCACUGUGUGGAGCCUGGUGACUUUUAUUUGGAUAUAUCCUUGUUUUCUGAGUAUAAUGGCCAUUUUAGUUGCUAUGAAAUACCCUUUUUGCAGACAUGACAUAGUUAAACUUUUCUGUGAAAACCUGUCCUUGGUUAAUCUUCAAUGCAAACAAGAUAAUUUAAAUCGGAUUUUUAAUGGAUGGAUGUAUGUCACUGCAAUUGUCUUAAUUAGUUUUGUUCUGAUUUCCUAUUUUAAAAUAAUUCUAGCUUGUAGAAAAUCUAAAGUAAAUCAAGAGAAGUUCUUCAGCACAUGUGUACCACACUUGAUUUCCUUUCUGAACUACAUAGCCUGUGUUUUUUUUGAUUCCUCCCAGACAGAAUUAAGAGCAAAAACAUUGCCUCACAUGUUAUAUACUUUUUUAACUGUUAUAUUCCUGAUUGUUCCCCCUGUUGUCAAUCCUGUAAUAUAUGGUAUUAAAUUAAGUCCAGUAAGGGCAAAAAUACUGUGUAUUUUCCGAAGUUUUAGGAUUAAGACACCAUUAUAA